CCUCAUGGUUCCUAGUCGGGUUCGUUACCCACUGCGCCGCGAUGGGGACUCCUAGAGUAGUAUUUUAUUCUUGGGUUAUAAUACAAUUAUGCAUUACUUGUGUUGUUCCUCAAAUUGUCCCUUAUCUGUCGGUUGCCCCUGUGCCCUCUGGCAGCGGCCACAGGUGGACGGCAGGUGGGUGCACAGAGGCAGUGGGCUAGUGGGAGGUGAGCUCAGACACAAAGGGCGAUGGCUGCUGAAUACGCAGGCGCCGUGGGCGGCAGGCAUCUGUUCCCAGUGGAAAGCCGGUGCCCAGGUGCGGUGCGUGACGAAUGCACGGGCGUUGGGGGUAGUGCGAGCCAAGGCCAGCUGGCAGGCAGCUGAAGUGGGCGGCCUGUGGGGGAACGCGCAGGCGCAGUAGGUGGCGGGUGCGUGGCCGCGAGGUGCGAAUGCGCAGGCGCAGUGUGGGCGGGCGCACCUGGAUGCGCAGGCGCAGCAAGCCAGCGGACGGUGGACGUGCUGUCGCAAGGGGCGGCGGGCGCUGAGUGCGCAAGUGCGGUGUGUCGCCGGCGCACGUGGCCCGCGGGAGCGCAGGCGCAGGCGCAGUCUUCGGCGGGCGCACGUGGUGGGCUGGGCCUCGCCGGCCUUAGCAACAUGCGGCCGUUACGCUGGCAAGUAGCGGCUGUGGCGGUCGCGGGCCUCGCGCUGGCCCUGGAGGCGCUCCCCGCACUGCUGCGCUGGCUGCGGGCCGGGCGACGGCGGCCGCUGCGCGAGGUGCUCUUCUUCCCGUCGCAGGUGACCUGCACCGAGGCCCUGCUGCGGGCCCCGGGCGCCGCACCUUCCGGCUGCCCGUGCAGCCUCCCCCACGGGGAGAGCUCGCUGAGCCGCCUCCUGCGUGCCCUGCUGGCCGCCCGCGCCAGCCUCGAGCUCUGCCUGUUCGCCUUCUCCAGCCCGCAGCUGGGCCGCGCGGUGCAGCUGCUACACCAGCGUGGGGUGCGCGUCCGCGUGAUCACCGACUGCGACUACAUGGCCCUCAACGGCUCGCAAAUCGGCCUGCUCCGCAAGGCAGGCAUCCAGGUCCGGCAUGACCAGGACCUGGGCUACAUGCACCACAAGUUCGCCAUCGUGGACAGGAAGCUGCUGAUCACCGGCUCGCUCAACUGGACCACGCAGGCCAUUCAGAACAACAGGGAGAACGUGCUGAUCCUGGAGGACGAGGAGUACGUGCGGCUCUUCCUGGCCGAGUUCGAGCGCAUCUGGGAGGAGUUUAACCCCGCCAAGUACACCUUCUUCCCGCCGCAGAAGCAGCGGAGCCGCUGAGGGCGCGGGGCGGGGCCGGGGAUGGGGCCGGCCCAUUAAAUUCUCCUCCUUUAUUUAA